CCUUCUUCCUCUUCUAUCUUCCAUCACCCGGACCUGUUUACAACGCAAUUUCAACCAAGAAGAGGUGAAGAACGGAACAAAUUAAAAAAAAAAAUCGCGAAACAUAGCGCUAAAAAUACAAGCUAUGAAGUCAUAUACACAAGCAGUGAAGAAGCGUUGAAAAGAGUGCGUGCAACGUUUUUACUGCCUCUAGCUCUCGAGUGUUUUUACUAGCGCCGAGGCGUUCUUCGCUCAAGACAGGUUCCGAAUAAGGGGGCAAAAUUGCCCAGAUCCGCACCAUCGAUUGAAUCAAUUCGCCAAUAACAUUCCACUGGACGGUGAAACGGUGUCGAGAAAGCAUCAAAGGAAGCACCACCCCGAGCAUCAAACUUGCGGAACGUUACGCUAGGACGAUUUAAUUACAAAAAGAUGACUAAAGAUGGACCGCCACCGUACGGGUUUGUGCCACCACCAUCGGCACCACCGAGCUAUGCGCAGGCUGUCGGAGGUGUACCACCGUCCAGCCCGUUUACACCGCAGCAACCGGUACUGACCGGGGCACAGAUUGUGACGACGGUCGUACCGAUCGGACCACAAUCGACACACAUGAUAUGUCCCAGUUGCCAUUCAGAAGUCAACACCAAAACGACAACAUCGCCGGGAAUGAUCGCUUACGUGUCCGGUUUCCUGAUCGCACUGUUUGGAUGCUGGUUGGGAUGCUGCCUAAUACCGUGCUGCAUUGACGAAUGUAUGGAUGUACAUCAUACGUGUCCUCACUGUAAAGCCUAUCUGGGACGGCAUAGGCGAUAAAGAAAAGAAAAAAAAAACACUGGUGUGGGACCCCAAAUCCCCGUACACAUCAUCUAUCCAGUGUACCCCCCCCAAAAUGAUAUACAUCGAGAGUUAUGGUGGAAGAUUCGUGUUUCGAAAAAUGAAAAGCAGAAUGGGGAAGAGAGACUAUUACGUCGUAUGUGUGUGUGUGUGUGCUUAACGAUUCCAAAUCCAAUAUGCUUCUAAAGAGACUCGAUCGGUGUCCUCUUGUGUUCUUGAAACUUGAGCUACUCUACACUACCCACUACUACUACUACCACCACCACGUACGUACUAAGUGCAUCACGAAUCGUUGUGGUUGAUUUGCAGACGUUUAGCAAAACUUUAGGGCAAAUAGGAAAACAAAACAAACAAACAAAAUGGAAUGGGUUCUAACAGCGGUGGUUUAUAGAUAAGGCGCGAUAAAGUCUUGAAACAGACACACAAAAAAAUAAUACUAAACGUCGAGUGUGCUUAUUACAAGCCUUCAUCGAUGCACUUCGGAUUCUCACAUCAAUUAUGUGUGUGUGUGUGUGCAUGUAUUAUGAAAACUUUAGGAUUGUGGUUAACAAUUAACGCGUAAUCGUAUGUAUGUACUAAAACCCUUCGUUACUACUCUGUCGUUUAUUCGAUUUCGUUCUGUUACACCACGCUGCCAUUUUGCUUUCUCUUUCCCUCCAAUCUCUUCCCGGUUUCUAUACAAUAUUUCGUUCUAAGGACAAUACACACAGGAGGUCGUUACGAAAACGAAUAAAGGUGUGUUGGCAAAUGGUUAUAGUUUAUAGUUUAUCUUUGGUUUGUUUUGCACGUGAACAAUUGGUUCACAACAAGUUCACACGUAAAUACAGUACAGUACUAUAUUAACACAACGUUCGCGGGUACACAAGAGUUGGUUUAUGCUCGCGUGUAAGGUAUGUGCCAUGUGCGUUUCGGCCAUGUGCGUCAUGUUAUUGUGGAGGAGGUACGCAGUUUGACAAACAUUUCGCUUCAAUGUUGGUCUCGGUUGAAAAGCCCUCCCUGCCCCGCCCCCCGCCACGAAUGAAUCUGAUUUAACGCUAGGGCAGAAAAUCGUCUAAUAAACCGAAAUGAUAUUAACGUAAAUAAAAAUAUUAUUCAAUGUAAAAUUUUAA